AUGGCAUUCUCCGAGCUCUUGGAGCGAGCAGGGGGUGUGGGCCGCUUCCAGACCCUGCAGGUCCUCACUCUCCUGCUCCCCUCUGUCUUCUUACCCUCCCAAAUGCUCCUGGACAACUUCUCGGCGGCCACCCCGGGCCACCGCUGCUGGGCCCACAUGCUGGACAAUGGCUCUGAGGUCCCCACCAACCUCACACCUGAGGCCCUCCUGGUCAUCUCCAUCCCACUGGGCCCCGACCACGAGCCCCAUCAGUGUCGCCGCUUCCGUCACCCACAGUGGCAUCUCCUGGACCCCAACGCCACAGCCACCAACUGGAGCGAGGCAGCCACAGAGCUGUGCGUGGACGGCUGGGUCUACGACCGCAGCACCUUCACCUCCACCAUUGUGACCGAGUGGGACCUGGUAUGCGGCCACCAGGGCCUGAAGUCCUUGGGCCAGGCUGGCUUCCUGACUGGGGUCCUGCUGGGCUUCUUCAUCUGGGGCUUCUUCUCCUGCCGGUUUGGGCGGACGCCGAUGCUGAGCUGGUCCUGCCUGCUGGUGGCCGUGGCCAACACGAGUGCCAUCUUUGCCCCCAGUUUCCUCAUCUACUGUGGCCUCCGGUGUUUGUGUGCUUUUGGGUUGUCCGGAAUCACCCUGACCUCGACGAUACUCAUGGUGGAGUGGACCACGACUCAGAGGCAUGCUCUCAGCAUGACGAUUCUGGGAUGCACCUACUGCAUAGGCCAGAUAGUCCUGGGGGGUCUGGCCUUUGCCCUGCGGGACUGGCGAGCCCUCCACCUGGCCACGUCAGCGCCCUACUUUGCCUUCUUCCUGAUAUGCUGGUGGCUGCCGGAAUCUGCACGAUGGCUGAUUGUUACUGGCAAACCAGACCGAGCCCUUCAGGAACUCCAAAAGGUGGCCAGGAUAAAUGGCCACAAGGAUGCCAGAAAGACUCUGACCAUAGAGGUGCUGAUGUCCAGCAUAGAGGAGGAGGUGGCCUCCGCGAAGGCCUGCCAGUCACUGCUGGACCUGUUCCGUGUGCGCAUACUCCGCGGGAGAAGCUGCUGUCUGCUCCUGGUGAACUUCUCUGUCAUGAUGUCCUACACCGGGCUGGUCUACGACCUGCAGAAUCUGGGGGGUAACAUCUUCUUCCUCCAAGUCCUCUUCGGAACCAUGGACUUCCUGGGCCGGGCUGCCAACAACUUCUUGCUCAAGUUCUUUGGCCGCCGUGUGACCCUGGUCAGCUCCCUUGCCUUAGCCGGCCUCUGCAUCCUGGCCAACAUGCUGGUCCCACAAGACUUUCAGAGCCUGCGAGUGGUCUUCGCUGUCCUGGGAAAGGGCUGUCUUGGCAUAUGCCUAACCUGCUUCUCUGUCUACAAGUCUGAACUCUUCCCAACCUCGCUGCGGAUGACAGCAGAUGGCUUCUUGCAGUCAGUCGGUCGGUUGGGGGCUGUGCUGGGCCAGCUGAUCAGGAUGACCCGCCAGGUCGUGCCCCUGCUGCCCACCCUCUCCUACGGUGCCACCCCCAUCAUUUCCAGUCUUUUUGUCCUGCUCUUCCUCCCGGAGACGAGGGGACUUCCACUACCUGACACCAUCCAGGACCUGGAGAACCAGGGAUCAGCACCAGCCAGGAGCAACCAGAGAGAGGUGGUCAUCAGGGAAAGCACCUGGUUCUAG